AUGUUUGCAGAGGGAUCUUCUGAUGAAGAAGAAUUUGAAGGUUCAAUGCCCUUCAACAGACCAUUAAGCAAGAUGCCAUCCCUGGGCACUUUAGCUUUCUGCUUCCAAUUUCUAAUGGUUGCUGCAUCUUCCCAACCUUCACUUGAUCUGAACCUUGACUCAGCUGUCCAUGCCUCAUUGACCGGUGAAAAUGGAAUUGAAGAGGACAACUUUCAAACCAUGCCGCAGAGGCAGAAGCGGCAGGCUCCACAGUCCCAUUCGGCAUACCUUGUCAAUAUUGGAUUAAGUUUCACAAGUCCACUGACACCAACCCAAGAUUAUUUCAAGAACCUUAGUCUGCCAAUCUCAAUAAACACCUCGGAUUCGAUGAUAACCAUUUCAAAAGUUACAAUAGACGUCCCGCCUAUGAACAAGUCCAUCACAAUAAAAAUGUCAGUCAAACUCAAUAUAAAUUUUCAAGAUGCCCUCAGGAAUACCUCUUCUGAUCUCUAUAUGAAAUACAAACGCGACUUUGAAUAUGCAUUUAAAAAUGCCUAUCAACAUUUGCCUGGCUUUAUAUCAACCACAGUUACAGGCUUCAGGUCUGGAAAUGUUUCUGUGGACUAUGAUGUAAAAACAGCUUCAGUGACAUUAGACCAACUUGAAAAUGCCAACAGAGAUGUAGUGAAGUCAAUAAAUGCAUCCUAUAUGAUCAACCCUGAUUCUUUUGUUGUUUCAGCAGUAAUAACUGAUCAAACAAACUUAUCUGUGUUUCCUGAGGACCUUUUCGAGGGGGAUACAGUAAUAAUGGCAUGCAGGACAAAGAUAGCUUCCGGGAUCGUAACUUGGGAUCAUUCUGGACAAGUAGUUUCACAAAGUGACCGACAUUCAAUUGAAACAAUAGUCGCAACAGAAACGUUAAUCUCAGCACUGAAAAUUACCAGCAUUGUACAGAGUGACAGUGGUCCCUAUACAUGCGUGUUUAAAGAUCAUGCUGUACCCUCCAACGUGUUGUACAAAGCAACCCACAAUUUAACAGUUGCUGCAAUAAACAUUGUACCAUCGGAUAAUAUUGAUGUUGUAUGUGAGAGGGUCGAUGUCUUGCUCACCUGCUGCACUGACAGAAGUUUACAGUCAUUUAAUGUAAGGUGGCAUGUAAGCGGAUUACGUAUUUCAGGGACUCAAAGCAUCAAGGACAACUGUACUCAAUAUCUCCUUGAAAUUUAUGAUUUCCAGUGCCCCACUAGCAAGUCAGGUGCUGUGACAACAUACACAUGUGAGCUGAGCACUGGGAAUGGGGCCCAGAGAAAUAAAUCCAUCGGAGUGACAUAUUUACAAACAGCACAUGUAACGAUACCUCCACCCACAAGUGUCUCUGAGGGAUUCAGUUUUUCGCUAACGUGCACCAGUAACGUGCCGAAUUACAAUAAAGUCAGCUGGCAAAUCCAGACGGGAACCACUAAUACAACAAUAGAAGGCGACCCAUACAUCCAGACUUACACCAUCAUGAAGAAAGCCGUGUCUAAUCUCACAGUAAAGACUGCUACGCCGGAGUGGAACGGUACCUAUACCUGCACAUUCUUCCAAAAAAACUUGCCAAGUUCUGCCAGUACAACUGUUGAAGUUGUUCCUUUGCCUCUGAAGAAGAACAUUUUCCUGGAUCCCAUUGAAGCAUUUAUUAAGUGCAAAACCCAGCAGGAGCUGAAGUGCUGCACAGACAAAAUGGAAGACUACACCGUUACUUUCACUGUUCAAAGCAAAAUAUUUGUUGCUGUGAAAAGCCCACAAAGGAACCAGACGUGCUACGUGUGUAAUUACACAGAAAACUUAUGCAACACCAGCAAAGAGCUCUUGGUGUAUUGCACCUUUCAAAACCGCAUCAACGGAAGCGUUCGAAGUCCUGACAUGAAACUACAUUUGAUCCCUGACACGACUAAAGUGUCUUGCUCAGACAGCAUUGGCAUUGGAGAGCAAGGAGCCAGAAUAACAAAACCUUGUCUGGUUUUAAACAAUACCACGAGAGGAAAUAUAACUUAUGAGUGUCAUGACAAGAUGUGGAGGGUGGCUAGAAACAACUGCUUAUCUGCACCGAUAAACACAUUGCUUACUGCUGCUGAGGCUUUGGCGUCUAGUCCUCAGCGAAAAGAAAAGCUACCUGGAUAUCUGCAGGAUCUUGUGAACGGUGUAAAGAAGGAAGAACAAGAAAUAAAUAAGUCUCCUCCAGACCUGGGGGCAGUUGUCACUAUGCUGGAUUUGGUUUCAAACAUCCCAGCAGAGGCAGAGCCGUCCAUAGUGGAGAACUUCCUAACUACAGUAGACAUCAUUGUUAAUAAGUCCACACUAAAUUCCUGGAACGAAUUGAACCAGCAGGAAACAUAUAAGAGUUCUCUGUUAUUGGAAUCAGUGGAGAGAUUUUCCCAUAGCCUCCAACCAGUCAAUAAUACUAUCCCCCGUAUUAGAAACACCAACCUGCAGUUAGAAGGUAUAGUUAUCCGUGGAGACCACAAGUCACAAUAUGAAAAGAACUUCACCUUCUCAGGUUCAUCAGACCUCAGUGGUAAUGUACUAAUUAAAGAAGCACAAAUUCAGAACAUACAACCAAAUACAACUAUCAUCAAUAUGGCUUACUCAACCCUUGGACAAAUUUUGCCCCACCGCAGUAAGACCAAUGAGUCUGUGAAUGGCCUAGUGAUGACGACAACAGUGGGCAGAAACAUAUCCCAGGGCAUUGAGAUUAUUCUGACAUUUGCAAAAAGCAAUGUGUCUCUGAUUAAUCCCAAGUGUGUCUUUUGGGACUUCAAAUCAAGACAAUGGAACAACACCAUCUGUACACCUGAGGAACAGGAGCAGAAGGUCACGUGCACCUGCAAACACCUGACCUCAUUUUCAAUUCUGAUGUCACCCAAAGCAGUGUCCAUUGGAGGAAAUGCACUAGAUUAUAUUACCUACAUAGGUUUGAGCAUUUCCAUAUUGAGCCUGUUGGCCUGUAUUUUAAUUGAAUUCCUGGUAUGGAAAUUUGUGACAAAAAACAGAACAUCUUACAUGCGCCACAUCUGUAUGUUAAACAUAGCCACUUCCCUUCUGAUUGCAGACAUCUGGUUCAUUGUCGCAGCCUCCCUCCAUGACAACGCGGAGAAAAUGAAGGACAUCUGCACAGCUGUCACAUUUUUCAUCCAUCUGUUUUACCUCUGUGUCUUUUUCUGGAUGCUUGUUCUGGGCCUCAUGCUCUUUUACCGUCUGGUCUUCAUUUUACAUGACACAAGCAAGACCACCCAGAAAGUGGUAGCUUUCUCAUUGGGUUAUGGGUGCCCUAUCAUCAUAUCAGUCAUCACCAUUGCUGUCACACAUCCAUAUGGUUCUUACAGAAGACAGGGUGCCUGUUGGCUCAACUGGGAGACAAGUAAAGCUCUUUUUGCCUUCGUCAUACCUGCACUGAUCAUUGUGGCUGUGAAUUUUAUCAUUGCCAUUGUAGUCAUAGGGAAAAUCCUGAGGCCAGCUGUUGGUGACAAUUCAAGCAACCAGGAGAGGAGCUCCUUCAUUCAAGUUGGGAAAAGUAUUGGCGUCCUGACACCCCUGUUAGGCCUUACCUGGGGGUUUGGACUUGCAACUGUUAUUAAAGACAGCUCAGUGGUGUUCCACGUACUAUUCACAGUUUUGAAUGCUUUGCAAGGUUUAUUCAUUUUGCUCUUUGGAACUGUCUGGGACAAGAAGGUACGAGAAGCCUUGGUGAACAAGUAUCCAUCAACCAAAUGGAGUUCGGAACAGACAAAGUCAACAUCCAUAGGAAUCUCCACACCAGUGUUCUCCAUGAAGUCUCCCUUGUCAAAACCAUUAAACAACUUACGUGGCAAAACAGGAAAAUACAAAAUUUCAUCCACAGAAACAGCGAACUUUUCUACUGAAAACACUUCCAUGGCCAAUUCUUUCUUUCACUGAUGUGCUUUAAAUGGCAACCUGAGUAUCUGUAAAGGGACUCAGGUCCUCUUGGCCAAGCUGAGAACCAAAACAAAACCUAUCUGUGAAUCGUAGAGAAGUGGACUGUUUCACACAGACCAUGUUGCUUGGUGCAUUCUUUAAGAAGCAUCUUUCUGUCUAACAUGUCAGACGUGCAAUUCUUCGGGAGACCAACAAUGGGAGAAAUAAUUAAAAAAUAUUACAACUCUACUGGGCUCCAAGUCUGUAAGUAUCUGAGAGCCCUCAGCUUUCCUUACAGUCAAUGAGGAGGUGCUCUAUGCAGUAUUGAGCCGUGCGACUGUGCACAAGACUAUAACACUAUGUGCACAAGACUUCAUGUGGUUUUAAUAAUUUCUCUUUGCUUAGCUACCUGAAUAACUCCAAAUGCAUGCCUGUAAACACAAAUGCUUCAUUGCCCUGUAAAAGGACCUGAUGGUUUUUAUAACUCAGCUCAUCUUGGAACCACUGGUUCAAAUCCCAAACAUUUCAGCUCAAUGGACUUGCCCCACUACUCACUUCAAUUGACAGAUUGAUUGAGCACUAUAAUGGUUCCUGCAUGGAAAUCUCCCAAAUAAAACUAAUCUGGUUUUAAUUGUUUUGGAAAUCCUGAAACCUUCUGUGGUGCUUCAGUGAGAAGACGACAACUUAUGUUAAGAGACAUUUGACUUCUGUCUUUUACCCCAGUGGCAACUGCAUUUCCCCGCACUGUGUAUGUAGACAGUUCCAUGUUGUACGUCUUUGUGCUUUGGUCUUCCAUUGACAAGGAGAGCAGUCCCAAAGUCAGGAGCCUUAAAAAAUCAGUCUCAACCAGGAGAGCAUGCCAAGUGCCCACAGGAUGAAAGCAGCUAUUGAAAUUAUUGCUUUAAUUUUGAACUAGCAUGCUUUGUUUUAAUUUUUUUUCGCAACCACUGAAGAUUCGAAUGAUUUAAGCACAGGCCUGCAAAAUAUCAUUGCCAAAAGCUGAAGCGUUUGCAAUAGAAGGAACGCUUCACAUCUGACGGAAGGAGGUUCACAAGUUUCAUCCAGUUCUAGGUUUGAGGUCAAGUUCAACACCGUUCUUAACUGGGGCAAUUCCAUUUGGCCCACAUGAAUACGAGGCGAAUUUGAUCCUGUGCUGCGCUGUGGGAUGAACCGAAGAGAAAACCGAGGCUGGAUGGAGAAGGUUAUGUUAUUGAAGUAUGUGUGAUCAUUACUGAGGACAAACAAAAAGGGGCAUCAAGUGAAUUAUUCAUGCAUGCAACAACUUCUUUUUAUAUUUAUGAUGUAGACCUAGUCCACUGCUUAUAGAUUAAGAAUUGACUCCUUUUCUUUCAGAUAUAUCGCCUGUCAUAGCUAUCGAGCCUUUCAGUGCAUCUGUCUUUCUAAAACAUCCAUCCACUUCUUCCACCUGAAAUAGUCCCUAAUAGUCCCAUUUCUUCUAACCUGUUCCAUAAAUCCUCUGUGAACUAUUGACUUGAAGCACAAUUAUAGUUUCAUGCAACUAGAAGGUAUUCACUUAGAGUGAGCUAGUAGAUUGAUUUAUGCAUGCUAACGUGUGAGUUCCUGUGAAUAGUAUAAGCAACUGUCGAUUCUCUGGAUCAUGGUGUACACGUAAGAGGUCUAGUCAGGUGCCUCAUAGAGUCCCGUGACCAUCAUACCAAGACCUUCAACAUUUAUGCCUAGGGAAGAGUAUGGAGGAGUUAGAGGCUGUCCAAGUCCUACCAUCCCCCUUUAGACCAUUGAGAUGUAACCCAAAGGCCAGACCAAACCCAGACAUUCAGUGCCUCAAUGAUCGUAACUUCUGCCAGAGAACAACAAAAAAGGACGGCUGCUAAUUGCCUGAUGCCUCAGGGAGGAUGCGUUUCUGUCAGGGUGAUGUCCCUUAACAUUUCUCCAACCAACUUGUUUGUGCAUAGUGUAGUUCCAUUAUAUUUUAUAUUGUUCAACCACAUUGCUUCAGCAUGAGACCGCAUUAGCUCUCAAAAGCUAGGCAAACUAGGGCCUGAUGAACACUUAGAUGAGGGAUUGCAAAGCUCAACUGAAUGUGUUUCAGCUAACAACAUUAAGUAGGAGGCUCUCAGUAUUGAAUGGAAAGGGGCACUGUGCAGCUGGAGUUAAUGUCUUUGGAAUAAUAUGUAAACUAUGCUACAAAUAUUCAUAAUAUUCACAAUUCUUGUCAUAAAAAAGCCUCUGGCAUUUUAUGGAAAAAUAUCUUGUGCCCUGACCAAAAAAUCAACCCAAGUUAAACAUGUCCUGCACAAAGUAUUGCCCAUUGGAGAUUCAACUAGAAAUGGUUUCUUGGCUGACAACUGUUAUUUAUUGUGCAUCUCUGUUCCCUCCACCUAGUGCCUGAAUCAAAGGUGCUGCAUUGUACACUGUGACAAAUACAUUGUGAAAAAGUGUGUGAUACUGCUGAGCUCAAUUUAACACGGGAUGAACAAAAAGUUUGCUUACUGAUUUAUGAUCUGGGAUCAUCAGAUAGGAAGAAUAGCAGCAGAGAUCAAUAGUAAAUCAGGGCUUGCUUCUUUCUUACAAAGUAAUGUUAUUCUUCCCUUUGUAAGAUAAUGCCUACUGGACUUUACAGGUAAAAGCACUUUAUUUUUGUACUAUGAAGUUUUUCUCUCUAAUACACACUUUACAUUUUAAAAGUACAGGUAAAAGAAGAAACACCUGCUUAUUGUGUAGAUGUAGAUAUAUAUGUAUAUGUUAUGACACUGCUUGUUAAUAAACUCUGCUUGCAUAGAGCUCA